CAGUGACGUUCGAUUCGUGCGCCGGUGGAACGUUGUGACUGUGUGUGGUUUAGCCCAGCAGUAACAUGCCGGAAAAGCAGAUCAUAUUAGAGGAAGAUGACCUCCAAUAUGAGGAGGAAAUCCUACGCAAUCCGUAUUCAGUCAAGUGCUGGCUGCGCUAUAUAGAGUGUAAACUCAGUGGGCCAGUUCAUGCUCUCAAUCUGGUGUAUGAAAGAGCCCUGAAGGAGCUACCAGGAAGCUACAAGUUGUGGUAUGCCUAUUUAAGACAGCGCAGAAAGCAAGUGAAGAGGAAAUGUAUCACCGAUCCAGCCUACGAAGAAGUAAACAAUUGUCAUGAGAGAGCCCUUGUUUUCAUGCACAAGAUGCCACGAAUCUGGUUGGACUAUUGCCAGUUCCUUGUCGAUCAGUGUAAAAUCACACGUACUAGAAGAACAUUUGAUCGUGCCCUGCGUGCUCUUCCGAUCACCCAACAUCACCGCAUCUGGCCACUGUACUUACGGUUUGUUCGUGCCUACCAACUUCCUGAGACUGCAGUCAGGGUAUACAGGCGAUAUCUAAAGCUUUCACCAGAAAAUGCAGAGGAGUAUAUAGAAUACCUGCGGUCAGUUGACAGGCUGGAUGAGGCGGCCUCCAGGUUGGCAUCCAUUGUCAACCAGGAUGGCUUUGUAUCAAAGGAAGGCAAAUCAAAUUAUCAGCUGUGGCAAGAACUGUGCACGCUGCUUUCUCAGAAUCCGGGUUCAAUCCGUUCCCUGGACUCUGCAGCCAUUAUCCGAGGUGGACUCACUCGUUUUACUGACCAGAGAGGCAAGCUGUGGUGUGCUCUUGCUGAAUAUCACACUCGAAGUGGGCAUUUUGAAAAGGCUCGUGAUGUCUACGAGGAAGCUAUUCAAACAGUUACUACAGUUCGAGAUUUCACGCAAGUGUUUGACAGCUAUGCUCAGUUUGAGGAAAGUGUCAUUGCAGCCAAAAUGGAGACCGAUAGCGAGAUGGGGCGAGAGGAAGAGGAUGACCUUGAUCUAGAGUUGCGAUUGGCUCGGUUUGAGCAGCUGAUAGAGCGUCGGCCUCUGUUACUAAAUGGAGUAUUACUGCGGCAGAAUCCACACAAUGUCCAUGAAUGGCACAAAAGGGUACAGCUGUAUCAAGGCAAACCUCAUGAGAUUAUAAACACAUACACUGAGGCUGUUCAGACUGUGGAUCCAGCAAAAGCAACAGGAAAACCCCAUACACUGUGGGUGUCGUUUGCGAAGUUCUAUGAGGACAAUGGACAGAUAGAUGAUGCAAGAGCAAUCCUGCAGAGAGCCACCCAGGUAAAGUACACACAUGUAGAUGACCUGGCUUCAGUCUGGUGCCAGUUUGGAGAAAUGGAGUUGAGGCACGAGAAUUAUGAUCAAGCCCUCCGCAUAUUAAGGAAAGCCACUGCUGUACCUGCCCGGAAGGCAGAAUAUUUUGAUGCUUCUGAGCCAGUCCAAAACAGGCUAUAUAAAUCCCUACGGGUCUGGUCCAUGUUGGCUGAUCUAGAGGAAAGUCUUGGCACCUUCAAGUCCACUAAGGCUGUAUAUGAUCGGAUUAUUGACCUACGGAUAGCGACUCCACAGAUAAUCAUCAAUUAUGCCUUGUUCCUUGAGGAACAUAACUACUUUGAGGAAAGUUUCAAGGCCUAUGAACGUGGAAUUGCUCUGUUCCGGUGGCCCAACGUCUAUGACAUCUGGAGCACAUAUCUUUCCAAGUUCAUUGCUCGAUAUGGUGGAAAAAAGCUGGAAAGGGCUAGAGAUCUAUUUGAACAGGCACUGGAUGGAUGUCCACGCAAGUUUGCAAAAAAUAUUUUCCUCUUGUAUGCCAAGCUGGAAGAAGAACAUGGUUUAGCUCGGCAUGCUAUGGCCUUGUAUGAGCGAGCCACUCAGGCUGUUGAGCCUGUCGAGCAAUAUGAAAUGUUUAACAUAUACAUCAAGAGAGCCGCUGAAAUUUAUGGGGUCACGCACACACGCAGCAUCUAUGAGCGAGCUAUUGAGCUAUUACCUGAUGAACAGUCCAGGGAAAUGUGUCUACGUUUUGCAGACAUGGAGUGUAAGCUGGGAGAGAUAGAUCGAGCUCGAGCUGUCUAUUCAUAUUGCUCUCAGAUGUGUGACCCAAGGCUGACAGCUGGAUUCUGGCAAACCUGGAGAGACUUUGAAGUGCGUCACGGAAAUGAAGACACCCUUCGUGAGAUGUUGCGUGUGAAACGAAGUGUUCAGGCCAAGUACAACACUCAAGGAACGUUUCUUGUAUCGCAGAGGCUGAGAGUGGAAGGAGCAGCCAGUGAAGAGUCUAGAGAGCCUGCAGAUGAAAUGCAAGCAUUAGAACAAAGGGCAGCAGCUGUAGCGGCUGAGGCUGAGAAAGAUAAACCACAGAUCAAGGAGCGGAUCCUCUUUGUCCGUUCUGAUGCGUCUCGUACUGAGCUGGCAGAGCUCACCCUUCAGACAAAUCCGGAUGAGAUCAACAUCGGUGAUGAUGAGUCUGAAGAGGAGUUAGAACCGGAUGAGGUUCAGCUGGAGCAAAAAACUAUUCCUUCAUCCGUCUUCUCUGGGAUAUCAGAAGACUGAGCCAUGAUGUCACUCACUUGCCCAGUUCGAUGCGGUUAUUAAUAAAGACACACAGAGACCAUAAUUCAUUCUCAUGGAUUCAUUUUAUAUACAAAUAAUUGCAAAAUCAUUUAAUAUAGAUAUUUAUAAUAAAUCUGUAUGUAUAUUAUAAAUACAAGGUGGGGUGGUGGAAACACUUAUCAGCUGUGGAGUCCAGACUCGCUGAAAUUAUUCCAUCUACCCUUCACCCACUUACCAUUAUUCUGGAGCAGUAAUAUAAAUAGUGUAUGGGUACAUCAGAUGUCAGGGGUGUUGCCUCGCUACACAGGGGCAGCACCAACAUCUAUAUUUUCACAUUAACCUUUUAAGUGACAGAACAAAACACAUAACUUGUAUUUUUGCAUUACAAUACCCCUCCCAUCUGUCAAAGAGUUAAGUAUCACACAAAGGGAAAUCAUAUUUCCCCCAAGGACACAUCACCCCUGCAUCUUGUAGCCAAGCGCUGUACACAUUAGAACUGAGCAUUCCGGUCAUGACACAUCAGGGGUGUGACCAUUUACUGGUACCCAAGGAUUUAGCCCUGAUUGGUGUGCAUAUAUACUACAUAGGUUGGUAGACAUUUUAUGGAAUUUGAGAAAGUGUAGAGUGCAUGAUGUAAUAUUUCAGACAAAUUGUGCUCUACAGACUCAGUUACUGGAAGGGCAUGGCUGCUCCUUGUAGUAGCGUGCUGCGGGCAGUGAAAACAAAGCUUUCUUACAACUGGGUAUAUUACAGAGGAGAGGGAAAAAAAAUCAAGUACAUGAACAGUUUCUCUUUAGGCAUCUUAAAAUUAUUUUCGGAAAACAAAGAAAAUCAAGCUUGUUAGUCACAAUACAGCUUUGUACAGAGCCACUCAUCUGUUUACCACGAAUUCCAUUAAGAAAUAAAUACAGGAAAAAUGUUUUAAAUUGUCAGGAAUGCCUAUUCAAAAUGUAAUUUUUCUUGUAUGUUGAAGCCUGAUAAUGUAAGGGCACUGUUCUUACAUUCUCUCUCUCUCCCCCCCCCCCAGGCAAACGCAAACCUCCCAUGCAGAAAUUUUGUACACUGUGCUAUGAUUUAUCUUUAGUGAGGUCACUGAAGCAGUUAUUCUAAAAUAAAGAUAUGUAUAAACCAUGUAAAAUUAA